GUCCCAAAAGAAGAGCAGUGGGGAAGGCUCUGCAGGAAAAUGGCUUUUCUCUCCUCUCUCCACCAUGGCGGUAUACCCCUCUUUAGAUUUUUCUUUUAUGCCUUUUUCAUGCUCACAGUCUUCUCUAGAUUUUCAUGGUUUUAUGGUUUUUUUAAUCUGGGUCGUUGUUAAUUUUCUCAAUUUCUGAACCAUUUUUGUUGGGGGGGUUUGAAGUGCUGUGUUGGUUGAUUAACUUUGUACUCUUUGUGCACUGUUGAGCUUUCACUGUUUCCUUUAGUAUCUUUUACUCUGAUGGGUGUUUGGGGUUGAUGAUUCAGUUCAAGGCUUCAAGUCCUUUUUUCUGAAGCUUGAGGGAGAAGUGAAAGAUGGGAGCUUGAUUAUGUGUUUAUGAUGCCUGUUAUUAUGAUGGUAAUGAGUCUUUUGACCAUAGAAAGAGAUCGGUAUAAAGCAAAGAAAAAGCAACAGGGGGGAGGGAUAUGUGCGUGUGUGUUCAGUAAAGAGAGUAUUGUUGC